UGCAAUGUCGCAACGCGUGCAACCCCGAGCGAGCACUGCACACCCACAUGACGCUCUUCGCCAUGGGCGAGGUCAAGCCACAGCGGCCAACUUGGCGCAAGAAACAAGGGCCGCGUCACGGAGUGCAGCUCCUGCUCGAUCACCACCCCUUUGCUUUCCUGCACAUGAAGCCCUUGUGACCCAAGGGACCUCGGCCACGGACGGACACAUGCACGGCAGUCUAGGCACUGUGACUUCGUCUCUUUCUUUGACUUCCAUGGACGUCAGAACGCCAUCGUCCCCGUUCCAUUAGGUCUUAUUCCUCAUAUCAGUGCAUGUUUUCUUGUUUGGAGCACUUCCAUGGCACCAUCCAACCAAAGCUUUGAAUGAUCCCUGUGAGUCCAGGAGAAACAACAGAUUCUGUCGGAUUCCAACGUACGAUUUAGAUUUCACCGGACCCGUUUGAUUGUAUGAAUGUUGGAAGUUGAUGUCUAUUCUUCUUUUGUUCAGGCAAUAGACGAUUACAUGGUUGUAGGCAUCUGUGUUGUAGACUCGAGCAUCCAUACCCGCUCAACAUGUAUCCAUCAGCCUUUCCAUGUCCUUCCUAAUCUUUCAUUCCUGUUUUCAAGAUAAAAAAAGGAUGGUAGCUCCUGAAAUGUUCUUCCACUCGAAUCACUUUGGAAAAUGAAAACCAUGACACUUGUAGCUACAGAAUUAGCUGGAGAAACAUUCUCAAAUUCACUGUGCAAACUACUGCCAAGCAAGAUUGUCUGGUUAAUGAUGUCGGGAGCCUUAAUUUUGCAGGGAAGAUAGAUGUUUGCAGGUAGCCCUGUUCUGCAAAGCAUUAGAAUGGUGAAUGAACUAAUGUUUUAUGUGACCUUUCAAUCAAUACAAUUUAUGUUUUCUGCAAAAAGGUAGCUUUUCCUUUUUCUUUGUUUGGAAGAGUAUCAAAUGAAAACUCGACUAACAGAAAGACAUUAUUGCAAGUGUGACAGCUGAGCUCCAAAGUAAGGCAAUAAAGCAGAGUCAAAAGAGGAGGCAUUAUUUAUGCAGUGGUACCAAUCCCCAACUCUCUGGUUUUCUUUGUGUUUCUUUGCUUCUGCUUUCCCAGUCACAGCAGUCUCUUUCGCAUGGUACUGCAAAAACAAAUUAGUUGUGUGAGAUUGCAGUGACAGGUACCACAGGAAUGACUGCUUUUGUUGCUCCUGGGGUUCCAUCAGACAAGUCUAAAAGCAGAAGGUUCCACAUGAGGCUGAUGGCUGCUCUUGUUUUUGCUGUCACAGAGUUUCAAAUUUUGACAAACACUUGAUGUGCACCAGCUAUCAGACUAUACCAAUCACUAAUCUGGUCUUCAGGUUGCUCAGGUUUAUAUGUAGGAAUUCAUCUUGUAAGAAACACAACUUGAUGUUCUUCAUCUUAAUUGAAGGUUUCUAAGCUGUCAAACUCACAGUUGACAACCUCAAAUGUGAUUUCUCUCUUAGAAAGACACCAUUAAGCAGACAUUAGAAUGGCAGAGUUUACACUCAGAAGGCUUGAACAAGGCCACACAAGGAUCAGAAAUGUUCCCAUUGCAGUAACCCCAGAAGGAUUCUGGUGUUGUCCCUCUCCUGCAGCCAUCCAGAAGACCCUUAAGAAUCAAAAUCUUCAAGACAGACACAGAGCCACAUCUCCACUGCACUCAAAGGCCUCAUCUCUUCAGAGACCAUCACUUCCCCCUGUGGACAAAAGAUCAGUCUCUACUUCACUGAGGUCGAGGCUCAUUUCUGAUGAGCAGAGAUGUCCCAACUCUAGCACUGCUACUCCCGUAUCAUCAAAGGCUCAUGAGAGACCCCAGAAGCUAAAUGUUGAAUCUCAGCAACGCAAGAUAUCGGUCGGCUUUGGUCAGCUGGAGACCAGUGACUUGAAAGUUACUCUGCAUGGAAAGGGAGGUACUUCUGUGAGGAUGAGUGUUCACAAGAACAUUCUUGCAGAAAACAGUAGCUUCUUUGCAGAUAAGCUCUCUGGGUUUUCUCCAGUGCCCCAAAUCGAAAUGGCAGACUGCGAAGAUGUGGAAAUUUUUGUCGAGACCGUGGGGUUGAUGUACUGCAAAGACAUUAAACACAGACUGAUCAAACAAAAUGUUUCUCGUGUACUUCGUAUUCUGAAGGUUGCUGAAACGCUUGGCUUCCAAGCAUGCAUCAAGUCAUGCCUGGAUUACUUGGAAGCAGCACCAUGGAUUGGAGAAGAAGAAGAUGAUGUUGUCUCAUCUGUUCGACGACUUCAGGAUGACAACUAUGGCAUCAGUCCUAUACUAAACCGAGUAGCUUCUGAUCUAUCCAACCAACCAAAUGACACACUCUCUCACAUAAUGGAGUUAGUCCUUGAAAGCACUGAGGAUAGAGGUCGACGGGAAAUGAAAUCCUUAGUGUUGAAACUUCUGAAGGAAAUUAACCUCAAGACAAAUGGAACUGUUGAGAUUUGCACUGAAAGUUUAUACAGUUCGUGCCAGCGAUGCUUAGAAUCACUGCUGAAUCUAUUCAGACAAGCUUCCGAGCCCGGUUUUUCUGAUAGAUCUUUGGAGAGCAAAGAUCCUGUGGUGCGACAGAUCACUCUCGAGGCAGAUAAUCUCAUCUGGUUACUUGAAAUUUUGGUUGACAGGAAUGCAGCAGAUGAAUUCACAUUGAUGUGGGCUAGCCAGAAUGAACUUGCAGAACUGCACACGAAGGUACCGACCAUGUCCCGUCACCUGGUCAGCUGCAUCACCUGCAGGCUCUUUGUUGGAAUCGGAAAUGGCGAGAUGCUUCCUUCGAAGGAAACCCGCAAGCUGCUGUUACAUGUAUGGUUGCAGCCACUGAUCAAUGACUAUAGCUGGUUACAGCAUGGUAGCAGAUCGUUCGAUCGAAAAGUGGUGGAGGAAGGAAUUGGCCGAACGAUUCUAACGCUUUCUUUAGAAGACCAGCAAAGCAUUCUGCUGUCUUGGUUGGGAUGUUUCCUGAAGGCUAGUGAUAACUGUCCUAAUCUUCAGAGAGCCUUUGAGGUCUGGUGGAGGAGGACAUUCAUCAGGCCUUAUGUUGAACAGCACGGGAGCGAUCUGCAGUCAGGCAAAGCUUGACUUUAGGCUGGAAGACAGAAUGCCUACCUCUCAAUUGCAUGGUAUCAGUUCAAUGGCACAUAUGUGUGCAAGCAUUACAGAGUGAUGUGCUCUCUGUCUGGGAGAUGUGAUUGCAUUUUAUGAUUAUGUUUGCUUGUAAGCUAUGAAAGAAAUUUUCGAGUUGUUAACUAGUGACAAUCUUGCUAUAUUGAGUUUUCAGAGAAAUCAGAUGUAUGCUUUAUUUACAUA